ACGCGAUAUCAUCCCGUUACCUUCAAUAACAUAUUCACGUCUCCAUGACUCAAUCAAUCUCAUAUUUUCAAGGUUCUCCACAAUUUCUUCUUUAUGUGUAGAACUAAAAUGGCCGUCGACGCUUCAUCGCCGGCACGCAGCCCAGCAAGGCUAUCCUCUCGGACUUCUGCAGGUUUCUCCUCCGGGAAUAGGAACGCGCAUUCCAGAUCAUCAGAUCAGCCAGCCAGCACUAGCACCUCCGCGCCGUAUAAUUCCAAUUCCAGUUCUACCUUCUCUUCCGGCUUCCGAAUUGAUAGCUCUGUCGCUACCGCGUCCGUUUCCAGCUCCUUGUCUAGCCUCCGUCAAUCGCUACCGGAAAAUCCUCAGAUUUAUGAUUUUUCUGAAAUUCGAGCUGCUACGAACAAUUUCCUCUCCAAGCGCUACUCCUCCACCUCCUCCUCGCAAUCGUGGCGGUGCACGUUGUACGGCAAGGAAGUCAUCAUAUUCCAGCGGAUAAUCCCGAGAUCGAUGGAGAAAUCGGGACUGAGAGCCAACUUAUCGGUUAUUUGUAGGAGCCAUAACCGGAGUAUUAUCAAACUCCUCGGCGCGUCGAUCUCCGGCGAUCAAAUUUACCUAGUUUACGAAUUUGUUCCUGGCUCAAACCUCUCUCUGUGUCUUCGAAACCCUAGAAACCCUAGCUACACGGUGCUCUCGACUUGGAUGUCGAGAAUGCAGAUCGCUACCGAUGUUGCUCAGGGUUUAGAUUACAUACACAAUAUGACGGGAUUGGGGUUGAACUUGGUUCACAAGCACGUGAAGAGCAGCGGCAUUGUCAUCAUAGAGCCGUCGCUCAACGCAAGGAUUUGUCAUUUCGGAGCGGCGGAGCUCUGCGGUGAGACAGAGAUCUCACAUAUCGGCAGCGGUGAGAUCACGGAGGAGCCGCCAUCCCCGGGAUUGAGGAGAUCUAGGACACGGAACCAGCAGUUCGAAGGCGUGCACGGGUACAUGUCUCCGGAAUUUCAGCUCACUGGCCUUGCGACGCAGAAAUCCGAUGUAUAUGCAUUCGGAGUUGUGCUUCUGGAACUUUUCUCCGGCGAGGAGCCGGUGAAGUACAAAUUUGAUAAAUCGAGUGGAGAAUACGUGCGAAUUUCAGUUGUGGAGACAGCCAGAGAUGCGAUUGCUGGCGGCGGCGAAGCGGCGGAGAGGGGACUGAGACAGUGGGUGGACCGGAGGCUGAAUGACUCGUUUCCGGUGAGUGUGGCUGAGAAGGUGAUCCAACUAGCUUUAGAUUGUGUCCACGUGGAGCCAGAUAAGCGGCCCGAUAUGCGCCGCGUGUCCGGUAAAAUAUCGAAACUGUUUCUAGAGUCCGAAAUGUGGUCAAAGCGGGUUAAAGUUCCUACCGAAAUAUCAGUAUCAUUAGCACCUCGUUGAUGUGUAUAUACUGAAAUUAUAUUUAUAUCCUUUUUUUUUUUUUUUUUUAUUGCACACUUCCAUUUUUUAUUA